CGAAGCCGGCAAUCCGUCAGAGCAUACAGAUCGUAGAAAGUAGGGGGUGUCUUCGCCCGGGGAAUUGCGACUCCAGAAGAGCCGGGGUCGGUCGAUUUGGUCAGUCUGCAUAUACUGCGUCCAGCACAGUCACGUAACAGCGCUAGGCAACGACAAAUCGAGGACUCCACCGACAACGGUCCCAUGAUAAAAUCGUCUUCGCCCCUUCAAUUGCGUGGUUUUGCUGGAAGGGGAAGAUUAUAAGCCGCCUUAAUGACGAGUGGCAUUGUUACAUAUCACUUGAAUGGCGAGCGCAACGCUGGAGAAUAGUCGAUCAAACGUUACUGCACGGCCGCGGCUAGCCCUAGUAUGGACAAGCGUUGCACGAGCGCAUCUUGUGUACGCCCUUCGCGGCGAGCGAUCGAAUGAACUUCAAUUAAGGCUGAACGACGCCCACUUGGUCGUUUGAUAGUGGUCACCAUAAAGCACGGGAUCGAAUACUAUCGCAUUUGACGCAAGCGCACGUCGGUAUGGCAAAAGACUAGAGGCGUGUCCACGACGGGAUCGCAUGGGCAUACACCGGCAAAACGCCCGUCACCCCACUAGUCUGGCAGUAAAACCCAUCGAUGGCUACAACGCUCGUUGGCGCUACCUGCUCCGGUACAGUUGGCGCCUGCCGCGCAACGCGUGCCUUCUUGGAAAGAGAACGGUAUCUUCUCCGAGCAAGGCGCCGCAAGAGCAUCAG